GUGUCCUCUGCCGUCGUCCUCCGGGCCAGCACUACCUUGCUGCCUUGAACAAAAUGGGUUCUGUUGCUCUGCAGGAAGGCGGCGGCCCUGCCUUCUGUGAGAAGAUGUCCUACGGAUCCAUCGCUGGCAGCGGCGGCCUGGGGAGCCGCGGCCCUUUUGGGGGGCCCUCCGCACAAGGCUAUCAGCCCCUAGAGUGCGCUAAAUGUUGGACUGAGUACGGAAUCCGUCAUUUCCCCUGCCCGUCGCCAGAGAGCAGCCUGCAGGACCCCUGUGUGGGCAAGGACGGGGAAGGUGAUCUGGGGCCGGCCGGUACGCCCAGAGGCCCGAGGGCCAGGAAGCGAGGGCCAGGGGUCUCCACGGACGGCAGCGGGACACCGGAGCACACCUCACUGCCUGCCGGCCCGAGGAAGGACUUGGCUGCAAGGGCCCAUGGCCGGGUGGCGGGGCCCAGGGCCUCCCGGGCCCAGAAGAGGAAGCCCAGCUUCCGUCCGCAGGAGGCGGAGGUGCUGGUGGCCAAGGUCAGCAAGCACCAGCAGCUGCUGUUUGGCAGCGGGCUGCCGAGGGCCGAGCCCCGGAGGCUCCGCGUGUGCAGCCGCAUCCGGCAGGCUGUGAGCGCGCUGGGCUACUGCCGCCGCGACGUCGCGGACCUCAAGCCCAAGUGGCGGGACCUGCGUGCCGUCGUGCGGCGCAAGCUGGGCGACCUGCGUGGAGUGGCCCCUGGCCCUGGCCCCGGCCCCGCCAAGCCCCAGGCCCUGGCCCUCACGCCCGUGGAGCAGGUCGUGGCCAAGACCUUCUCCUGCCAGGCCCUGCCCUCGGAGGGCCUCAGCCCCGAGCUGCCCAGAGCCACCCAGAUGGACCCGAGUGACCUCCAGGAACUGUUCCAGGAGACGUCGGCCAGCGUCUUCCGAAUCAACUCGAAUGUGACCUUCUUGGAGCAGAGCCUCCAGUCCCUGGGGACGCCAAGUGACACGCAGGAGCUGCGGGACAGCCUGCACACGGUACAGCAGCAGACCAACCACGCGAUCGCAGCCAGCGCCAGUGCCCUGAAGCAGAUGGCUGAGCUCCUGCGGGGCUCUCCCCUUCCCCCCUCUUUGCAGCAGGAGCGUCUUCAGCUGGACCGUCUGAAAACUCAGCUUUCAGACGCCAUCCAGAGCUAUGGAGUGGUGCAAAAGAAAAUUGCAGAAAAGUCCAGAGCACUGCUUCCCACAGCACAGAGGGUUGGCAAGCAGCAGAGUCCCCAGGCCCCAUUUGCUGAGCUGUCCGAGGACGAGAAGAUCUUUAACGGGGGCGACGGCGUGUGGCAGGCCCAGGGGCAGGCGCUGCUUCCGGAGAUCACCGAGGAGGACCUGGAGGCCAUCCGGCUGCGCGAGGAGGCCAUCCUGCAGAUCGAGAGUGACCUAUUGGAUGUGAACCAGAUCAUCAAGGACUUGGCCUCCAUGGUGUCAGAGCAAGGAGAGGCCAUCGGGUCCAGCAGCGACAAGGCCGCGUGCCGGCGCAGCUCCAGCCCCGAGCCGGCCGUGGUGGCCCCGCUGCCCGGGCCGGGCUGUGCGCCCCUGCGGCCGGGCUCCCACUCACGCACCAAGACGCGGAAGCCCAACUUCAGCCCGCAGGAGACCGAGGUGCUGGUGCAGAGGGUGACGCGCUACUACCCGCUGCUGUUCGGGGCCCUGCGGGGCCCGCCCGCCCGGAAGCACCGCUUGUGGAGUGCGAUCCUGCAGGCGGUGAACGCGCUGGGCUACUGCCGCCGGGACCUGGGCGACGUCAAGCACAAGUGGCGGGACCUGCGAGGGGCGGUGCGCAGGAAGCUGGCCGAGCGCCCCCGGGCCCCCGGGCCCGUCCUCACGCCCGUCGAGCGCAUGGUGGCUGAGACCUUCGCGGCCCCGGGCCCCGCUGGCGAGGGCCGGGCCGCCGAGGCCCUGCCGAAUAGUAUUGAAGCCGGCCUUGAGGCUGCGUCCUCGCACGCAGAGGCGGCCAGUGAGCUCCUGGCUGGAGCCAGCCGGCACCAACUGCAGAGACGCAAGGUCAAGUGCUACCUCCUGUUGGCGGGAGUCACCGUCCUGCUGGUCCUCAUCCUCAUCGUCGCCACCUCCGUCCGAAAGUGAUGCCACUGUGGUUGAUGCUGUCACCUGGCCUGCGUGGAUGGACCGCAGAGCUUUGCACCUUCCUGCCUCUUGCCGUGUGCCAACCCCCUGCCUCUGUGCCCGCCCCGGCUGAGAGCCCUAAUAAACCGCUGUCGUAGCCAGCC